CCGAUCGUAGAGGUCCUGUUCUGUUCACCGAUCCUACGGAAUUUGGAAUACGAAUUGUUGUUGAUACCUCCUAACAAAUGGAGAACACCGAGGGAUGAAUAGUGAAGUUGAAUUUUCGGGAUUUCAAGGAUUCUCUUCAGUGCGUGAUAGGUGUCCUUAGGAUGUUGAUGUGAAUAAUUUACGACGGAUUUGAACAACAACUGUGAUGUGAUAUAAAGUACGGAACACUCCUGGAUCCAAGAUAUAUGGGCUUUUGUGCACCCCGCGGGGUGAAUAAAUCAGAGGGUUUUGUGCACAAUGUAUGGCACUCACCUCGCUGACCACAUCGAUUGCCUACGCCUGGCUUAUCACGGUAAAGGUGUUUAUUGAUACUCUCCUCGGCUCACUGGUACAUUGUCAUAUCCCUUACGAUGUCACAGAGAAGCUCGUAAAUUAGUAACCAACAAUAACGGUUUUCGUAGGAAAACAACACUGGUCACGGUAUGAGUAACGUUACCUCGGUCAUGACAAAGGAGAUGAGAUAAAAAGGAGUUAUAAGAAAAGUCAUAUACAAAAAGCAACAAAGGAAGGGAAGGUAAAAGUAGACGAGAGUUAAAAGAAAACGAGGAGUUGCAGGGUGAAGCGCGAAACGGUUUCGCAUUCCGCACGGCGAAUGGAAGUAGGAGAGGAGAGAAGAGGCGUGCACGGAAUAAUUUCCAAGGAGGAAGGACAAUUGUUGGUUUGAAUAGAAAAGAAAGAGGGAGAUCGAGCGAGUAAAGCAACGAGAGGGACACAACGGAGAAGGUAGAAAUCCAGACGAGCGGAAAUACAAGUGCCGAGAUGCUUGCCACAGGGCAUCUAGUUUUUAUAGAAUGCCAGAAGGAAGUAUGGUAUUGUGCAGUUGUCACUAGUACCUCGAUGUAACUCUUGGAUGUAACAAAACACCAAGGGUAGAGGAAGAAACACUUGAGUAAUGAGAGCCCUGUGGAUUUGCUGAGAAUUCCAGACGGUAAUGAGCAAGAAGUAUAAUCAUCAAACGAUGAAGUCCACUGGUAAAAAAUCACCCCUAUCAUUAUCCAUGAGACUGACUUGGUGUUUGGUAUUUGGUGCAUGUCAUGUGCUGGCUGUUACCAGUGCACCACCACCAAAAUUCGAAGUACCUGAGCACUGCAAUUGGGAGAGCGAUGCUGCGUUAACGUGUGUCUAUCGAUUUAUCGAUAGUGACAAUUCGCCUCAUUCAAAUUUAUCACGUGUAACGAGUGACUAUGUCACAACGAUGAAUAUCAUUUGCGAGGAUUGGGAUCCAGAGACUGGUACAAGUUCGACAAUUGUCGAAGAUUUUCUUCAUCUCUGGCGUCUACGUGAACUUCGCUUAAUUGGAUGCAAAUUCAUUUAUUGGCCAGCAAGAAUGCUCAACGGUUUUCGGGAUUUGCGUAAUUUAACGCUUAAAAGUCUCAAUGGUAAGAAGAGUAAGCUCAGUCUUGAACUUGAGCGUGGUGCCUUCGAUAUGACACCGUUGAUUGAGAAAAUUGAUCUGUCGCACAAUAAUAUAUGGCAAUUGCCGGAGAGUAUAUUCUGUCCACUGGCGAAUUUAGUGUCGCUCAAUGUGUCGUGGAAUAUGUUAAAGGACGUUACGGAGUUGGGGUUCAGUGAUUACGUUGGAAAUCAUCCUAAACGAGAGUUAGAGUCAACAGUGUUACCGGUUGCGUGUUCUCUCGAUAUACAGAGUUUGGACGUAUCGAAUAAUCAAAUAUCCGUGCUACCGCCAUUUGGAUUUUCAGCCCUGAAACGACUGAGGACACUCAAUAUAUCCGGUAAUGCAAUCAGCAUGGUCGAUGACAGUGCACUACGGGGCUUGAGGUUGUUGGAAGUGUUUGACCUAUCGAGUAAUAGAAUUGUCGCACUUCCCUCUGGAAUGUUCAAGGAUGCUACGAAUACACUCAAGGAAUUGCGGCUUCAGAACAAUUCGAUCAGUGCACUGGCGCCGGGUCUUGUGGCUGACAUGAAUCAACUUGUCACCCUGGAUCUAUCAAGGAAUACAUUGACGAGCUCCUGGCUCAAUGCUGGAACAUUCGCUGGGUUGAUUCGUCUGGUGCUGCUGGAUUUGUCACGUAAUAAAAUUGUCAAAGUCGAUCCAGCGCUAUUCAAAGAUCUCUACACACUACAGAUACUCAAUCUCCAUCACAAUGAGAUUGAUACAAUACCUGCUGACACAUUCUCACCAAUGAGUAAUCUUCACACACUGGACUUGGCACACAAUAAACUCACUUACUUAGACGCAUAUUCAUUGAAUGGUCUGUUUGCCAUGUCAUUAUUCUCACUGGACUCGAAUUUACUCGAGGGUAUUCAUCCAGAUGCUUUCAGAAAUUGUUCCAGCAUGCAGGACCUCAAUUUGUCAGGCAACAAUCUCGAAGCAAUACCCGUUGCUCUCAAAGACAUGCGUAUGCUGAGAACACUAGACCUGGGUGAGAACCAAAUUAAAAGCCUUGAGAAGCCUGGAUUCCGAGGCAUGUCCAGUUUAUACGGAUUACGUAUGAUUGGUAAUGAGAUUGUGAAUGUGACCAAAGAGGCACUCGCCGAAUUGCCAGCACUUCAAAUUCUCAACUUAGCGCGAAAUCAAAUUGAUUAUGUAGAGCAUGCUGCAUUUUCUGGAAGCCCAGCAUUGCAGGCGAUAAGACUGGAUGCCAACUUUCUGCAGGAUAUAUCUGGCAUAUUUGCCGAUGCUCCAAGCCUCCUGUGGCUUAACAUGUCCGACAACAUGAUUAAACAUUUUGAUUACAGCAUUUUGCCGACGCGUCUCCAGUGGUUGGAUCUCCACAAAAAUCAAAUCGCUGAUCUUGGUGUUUCACCGGUGGGUUUUCACCUGCAGACACUCGAUAUGUCAUUCAACAAAUUGACGAAAAUCCAUCCAAAAUCUGUUCCCGACUCAAUAGAGCUCCUCUUUGUCAACGACAACUUGAUUCAUACAGUCGAACCGCAGACUUUUCACGACAAGGAGAAUCUCACCCGAGUUGAUCUAUACGCGAAUCAGAUAGUCAAGAUGGAUCUCUCAGUGUUCCAGUUGGCGCAAGUAGCCGAGAAUCGUCCAUUACCAGAAUUUUACAUCGGCGGAAAUCCUUUCAUUUGUGAUUGUACGCUCGAAUGGCUUCAGAGGAUAAAUUCGUUGCCCCUGAGACAGCAUCCAAGGGUCAUGGACCUCGAAUCAGUAUAUUGCCGGCUCCCCUAUGAUAGACAUCGUUCUUUCAUACCCCUCCUCGAAGCUAAACCAUCACAAUUUCUCUGUACGUACAAAACACACUGCUUUGCCCUCUGUCACUGCUGUGACUUUGAUGCAUGCGACUGUGAGAUGACUUGUCCAACCAACUGCACGUGCUACCACGAUCAAUCAUGGUCAGCUAAUGUCGUUGAUUGCUCAAACUCGGGGUAUAAAAGUCUACCCGGACGACUUCCGAUGGACGCCACCGAGGUUUACCUCGACGGCAAUAACUUCGGUGAGCUGACAUCGCACUCGUUCAUUGGCCGUAAAAAUCUUGAGGUACUGUAUGUCAAUGACAGCAACAUAAUUGCCAUUCACAAUCACACAUUCAGUGGUCUUAAGCGUCUCAUUGUCCUUCAUCUUGAGAACAAUAAGAUUGCCCAACUAAAUGGGGUUGAAUUGCUGCCACUGGAGAAUCUCAAGGAGCUCUACCUCCAGAAUAACCUGCUUUCCCACAUCGACAACGGGACAUUCCUCGAAUUACGUCAAUUGGAGGUCCUCAGACUGGACAACAAUCGUCUCGGUACCUUUGCCCUGUGGCAACUCGCCCAGAAUCCAUAUCUAGUCGACAUUAGCGUUUCAAAUAAUCCAUGGAGUUGUGAGUGUACAUAUCUCGAUCAUGUGCGUGACUGGAUGUCGAAGAAUACAGCUAAGAUCAGCGAUUGGAAACGGGUCACGUGUGCACUUGGUAUGCCGAUAACGCUUCCAGCCAAUGGAUCCGUAAUAAACUGCGCAGCAUUGAGGGGCACAACAUCAGCUAUUGAGACGCGUCCCUUGGAGGCAUAUCUGCCACUCCUACUGGCCACAGCUGUACUUUUCUUCGCCAUGGUUGCAUUACUCUGCGGUGCAUUUCGACAUCGCAGAACUAUCAGAACAUGGGCAGCAAGUAGAUGUGGACUUCGUGCUUGCUACAAAACUGCUGCAUUCGAGGAUCGUGAAAAGCCAUUUGACGCUUAUAUAUCUUACUCAGCAGUCGAUGAAAACUUUGUAUCGAGGGUAUUAGUGCCCGGUCUUGAGUCAUCCUAUCGUCUGUGUUUACAUUAUCGAGACUUAGGUGCUGGUGCUAAUGUUGCCGACGCUGUAGCUGAAGCUGCUGACUCUUCGAGACGUACUAUUCUCAUUCUGUCACGUAAUUUUUUGCACGGCGAGUGGGCGAGAUUUGAAUUUAAAUCAGCCCUGAGAGAGGCACUCAGGGGUAAAGGUAGAUCAGUCAUACUUCUGCUUGUCGGUGGUGUUUGCCCACGUGAUCUUGACGCUGAUCUUAGAAAAAGGAUCUCAUCGCACACUGUACUUGUGUGGGGUGACAAACUCUUCUGGCAGAAGCUUAAAUUUGCCAUGCCCGAUGUAUCACCCAUACCAGUAUUGGAUCGGCCAUUGCCACUGCCACCACCACCACCACCGCCAACACAGCAUCUGUGGGCAUAGGACCAUAAAUUAGAUGUGAAUCCUAGCCAGAGGUAUUAUCGGACUUUAUCCACGUAUGGAGUCUCUGGAUAUCACGGAAGAGAAGGAUUCCAGAGUAUU